GAUUUGUUUGACAGUACAAUGGAGAGCGUACCCAGAAUGGAAGAGAAAGAAGCAAUCGAGGACAAGGACUUGAAAGAGCUUGUCGAGCAACUUCAGAAGGAUCCAAUCUUUGACCAUACGCGCGAAUAUGUCGAUAUAGUUGAGGUCGCAAAGCGAAUACGUCUUGGUUUGGAAUAUGCAUCAUUUAAAAUCAAAAAUGGUUGGGAAAAAUACGAUGUGGCAACUUGUGAGAUGUUGUUCGAAGAGAAGAUGCGUAUAAAUGCGAUUCCCAUUCCGAAGAUGAUGCAGAAAUUAAGAAGUGUUAUUCAGACUCAUGACUUGGAUUUACAUCAUACAAGAUCUGGAAGUGGAUCAAUGUAUGAUAUGGGAACCGAUUCAAAGCCUCCUAGUCCUACGGUGGUGCCUUCCAAUUUAGAUCUCUAUUCGGGAGAUGCUUUCUCUCAACAACCACCUUUCCAAUCUCCCGCUCCUUUUAGACUUUCCGGAUCGAAAGCUGCGGCCAUCUAUGAAUAUUUAGAUUCACUAGAAUUUCCUUUACAUGAUUCGUGCAUCAUCCAUAAUCCUGCAGAACCUUUUUCGGAAUCUGUUUCAUCAAAUUUUCUAAAUCAAAUUGAUGAUUCAUCAUCGCUAAAGUCUAAUUUGACAAGAAAAUCAAAGAAAUCUCGUGAUCAAUUCACUGAUACGAAACGCAAGCGUCGUUCGCGCAAGGCUACGGACGAAGAUGAAAAGUUUGAACCGAUUCCCGAAGAACAUUCGCUCGAUCAUCCGUCGUCAUCCACGCUGGUAGGUUCAAACACAGAUAAGAUACAGCAAAUUCCAAUGUUCAUUCCUGCGACAUCCAAGAUACCAGAGCCAAGUCAUGAGACUAGUCGUGUGAUAAGCAAAGCACCCAUAAUUUCAGAGACUAUAUUAAGAGCACUGGAGACGACGCCGAAAAAGAAAACCAAGAAGCGAAAGUCUGCAACCAAGUUCACGAAAAAGGCAAAAUCAAAACGAACAAGGCGGAACGAGCCAUCGGUUGAUGAGGAGAUGGAUGUAGAAGAUCCUUUUGGAAUUGAAAAUGAAUCACCGACGCAAAAAGCUACAAUGUCACCGAACACACUGUUCAACGAACUUUGGGCGACUGCGAGUACUGUGGUUCCUCAAAAGACUGCAAUAACAUCCAAAUCUCCUGGGCAAUUAUUUAAUGAACUUUGGGCUACUUCGAAUGGAGUUGAACAAAAAAGUAGGAAAAUCACAGGUCCUGAGUCGACAUUAGCGACCUCUCUGUCGCCUGAUUCUUUUCUCGACGAACUUUUGCAUUCUAGCACAAAUUUCGAGGAAGAGAAGACGACAAAAGAUAAUAUUGCGGAAUCCACCCAGACGCUUUCAAUGUCACCAGGGACAAUCUUCAGAACUGCAUUGGACGAUUGGGCGGCUGUGGAUUCUACGUUUUCCGAUACAAUACUUUCUCAUUUGCCUCAUAUUCCCUCAUCACCGUUAGCAUCAUCACCCCCGCGUACGCCGCCGAGGAGAACUUGCGUGCACUCACUCACUCCGAUUAUUCCUUCUUCAACACGGCAAUUAUCGACCAUCACAGAUCUUGAGCCUCCAAGAACUCCGCCGCACAAAAUUCGUUCAUCGAUUGACAUGACGACAACUCCGAACUCGGCCUUUUCGUUAAGUGAAUUUAUUAAUAUGUCACCCGAAAGGCCAACGCAAUCAAACUUGGGUAGAUCAUUCAACGAAUCACGGUGGACAUAA